AUGGGCAGCGCCCCCGCCAAGAAGGACACCGAGCAGGAGGAGAGCGUGAAAGCCAAAGCCAGAGGAGAUUUCCUCCACCGAUGGGGAAACCCCGCUCACAACACCGCCGGCUCGGAUCGGUUUGAGCGGCUCAGGACGCCGGGCGCGGGCCCCUUCGGGCGGGUGCUGCUGCUGCUGAGGCACCGGGAGACCGGCGGCCACUACGCCAUGAAGACCCUCCACAAGCAGAAGGUGGUGCAGCUGAGGCAGGUCGAGCACACACUGAACGAGAAGCGCAUCCUGCAGGCCAUCGACUUUCCUUUCCUCGUGAAGCCGCAGUUCCCCCUUAAGGACAACUCCCACCUGUACCUGGUGACGGAGAAGGAUGUUCUGCCACCGGCGCGCGUGGGAAGGUUCAGGGAGCCCCACGCCUGUUUCCACGCCGCCCAGGUCGUCCUGGCCUUCCAGUACCUGCACCCGCUCGACCUCAUCCACCGCGGCCUGAAGCCCGAGAAUCUUCUCCUCGACCUGCAGGGCUACCUGCGGGUCCCGGACUUUGGUUUCGCCAAGCGCGUGAAGGGCCGCACUUGGACCUUGGGGACCCCGGUGUACCUGGCCCCCGAGAUCAUCCUGAGCAAAGGCUACAGCAAGGCCGUGGACUGGUGGGCCCGAGGGGUGCUCAUCUAGGAGAUGGCCGUGGGCUUCCCACCCUUCCACGCCCACCAGCCCAUCCAGGUCUACGAGAAGAUCGUCUCUGGGAGGGCGCGGUUUCCCUCCAAACUCAGCUCUGACCUCAAGGAUCUGCUGCGGCUGCUGCAGGUGGACCUCACCAAGCGCUUCGGAAAUCUCAGGAACGGGGUUGGCGACACCAAGAACCACAGGUUCGCCACAACCAACUGGAUCGCCAUCUGUGAGAAGAAGGUGGAAGCUCCCUUAAUCCCGAAGUACUCAGGCCCUGGGGAUGCCAGUAACUUUGACAACUACGAGGAGGAAGAGCUCUGGAUCUCCAUCAGUGAGAAGUGCGCCAAGGAGUUUUCGGAGUUUUAG